UUUGUUUAUUAAAAUGUACAGAAACAUCUAAUUUCCUUAAAUUGUAACUCAAAAUACAUGGCUUAUUACACUUUUAUUGCAAAAAUUAUGUUAAACCAUACAAUCAAAAAGUAAAUUCAGUUAUAUUGCGUGUUUAAUUGGUGUCGAGUAUGUGUAACAGCGUAUGUGAUAAGCUUAUCAUUAUUAAACGUUGCCGGCUCGAGAGUUGCAGACGUGUUUUGUAUUACGUUCCCCUUUUAGAUUAAAAAAUAUACACACAAGAUGUCCGGCGAAGGAUCAAGCACUAACGGAAACAAGAAGGUGGCCUUAAUUACUGGCAUAACUGGACAAGAUGGUUCCUAUUUAGCUGAAUUUUUAAUAAAAAAAGGAUAUGAAGUACAUGGAAUACUUCGCCGAUCCUCUUCAUUUAACACUGGCAGAAUCCAACACUUGUAUGGACAACCGGCUUGUCACACAGGUGGACAGAUGCACCUACAUUAUGGAGACCUCACAGACACUACCUGCCUCAUUAGUAUUAUAACUAAGAUUAGACCCAAAGAAAUAUACAAUUUAGGAGCUCAGUCACACGUAAAAGUAUCCUUCGAACUGAGCGAAUACACGGCACAAGUAGAUGCUUUAGGCACGUUACGCCUUCUGGAAGCAGUCAGAACUGCAGGGUUGGAAAAGGAAACGAGGAUAUAUCAAGCUUCCACGUCAGAGCUCUACGGAAAAGUCGUAGAAGUGCCACAGACUGAAAAAACACCCUUCUAUCCAAGAUCGCCAUACGCAUGUGCGAAACUAUACGGUUACUGGAUAGUUGUUAAUUACCGAGAGGCGUACGGUAUGUUCGCUUGUAACGGCCUCCUGUUUAAUCACGAGAGUCCUCGGCGCGGGGAGAACUUCGUGACGAGGAAAAUAACCAGGGGAGUUGCCAAGAUACAACUCGGUUUGAUGAAACAUUUAGAACUUGGCAACUUGGACUGCAAGCGCGACUGGGGACAUGCUAAGGAUUAUGUUGAGGCCAUGUGGCUGAUGCUCCAACAAGACGAACCAGAAGACUUUGUAGUCGCUACAGGAGAAGCGCACAGCGUAAGGGAGUUCGUUGAAAAGGCAUUUUCUUACGUCGGAAGGAAAGUUAUCUGGAGAGGGGAGGGGGAAAACGAAACCGGCCACGAUGCGGACACGGACGAGUUACUUGUAAAGGUCAACGCAAAGUACUUCCGGCCUACAGAAGUGGACUUGCUGCUCGGUGAUCCUUCAAAAGCAAAAGAGAAGUUGGGAUGGAAACCUCGAGUGACAUUCGAACAGCUCGUCAGGGACAUGGUGGAAGCUGAUCUUCAGCUCAUGAAGAAAAAUCCAGAAGCAUAGACACACUUGAAAAUAUAUAUCAGCCGUCGCUAGAUUACAUUUAGUAUAUAGUUCAAGAUAUAAUAUUGCCUUUUUUGCAGGUUAUUUUAUUGAAUUCAUAAUAUGUAUCCGACUACACAUAAUAUAAAGUGAUUAUAAUAAUAGUAUGGAAAAACUUAAAAUUAUGCGUUCAACUCAUUAUAUUGUAUGUCAGUGAAAGUUUUAUUCAGAAACAUUACACCAGACGUUGCACGAGAAUAGAAUUUUAAUUUUAUCUCAUCCCAAAGAACAUAUUGCACUUUGUUAAUAUUAUGAAAAUAUGCAUUGUUUAAUCCAAAAUAACCAAAGUAUAUGGUAUAGAAGUGAAAACCAGCUAUAGUUUUAGAGGGUCUAGAGAAAGACACUUGGUGAUUGUCGAUUGUAUUUGGAGACCAAAAUGUAUGAGUGAAUCAAGUGAUCAAAAAUGUAUGUACUGAAUCGAGUAAUUCGGACGUAGGCGAAAUAUCGCUUGGACAAUUGACAAAUGAACUUUUUCUAGACCCCCAAGGCUCGUGUAGAUCGUCUAGAACUAAAAUUGGUCACAAUACCUUUAGUUUUAUGGACCUUGCCAUUUUUAACUAAUAUAGUACUAAUGUGAAAUUUUA